AUGACACAAGCCCCGCCACCCCGCUCCUUGCGCGACAAGUGCAUCGAGAUCAAGGACAAGGUCGAUGCGUUCUUGGCUGAGGUCCCGGAUACGCAGAUUCUUCGAGAUGUACAAGCGCAACUUCGCGUGUCGAUAGGGGUUGUGGAUGAGGCAUUGGAGAAAUACCGACCUGAACAGAUCUCCUUAUCAUACAAUGGAGGAAAAGAUUGUCUUGUGCUUCUUAUCGUGAUUCUUGCAUGUAUGGGAAAACGCUAUUCCCAGACGACAGCUACCAACGGAACCUCCAACUCGGCGACCCCGGAGAAGCUCCAAGCCGUGUAUAUCGUUGCUUCGUAUCCCUUCCCCGAGAUUGACGAAUUUGUGGAGUCGUCUAGCGCCGAAUACAACCUUGAAGUAGCUCGCUAUGUGUUGUCGAUGAAGAAGGGACUGGAGAUAUAUCUUGAGGAACGACCGAGCAUAAAGGCAAUCUUUGUGGGGACGCGGAGGACUGAUCCUCAUGGAGAGAACUUGACACAUUUUGAUCCGACGGAUUCUGGGUGGCCUGCUUUUAUGCGAGUGCAUCCGGUGAUUGAUUGGCAUUAUGGUACGUGGAUUUGA